AUGAUCAAUAUAAGCGGUGUCAUUUCCGUAGCCCUGUUCUACCUGCUCAUCUUGGGCGUGGGUAUCUGGGCUGCCAGAAAGAAGCAAGCCGGAAAUGACUCAGAAGAGGAAGUCAUGCUGGCUGGACGCAGCAUCGGCCUCUUUGUUGGAAUAUUUACUAUGACAGCCACGUGGGUCGGAGGUGGCUACAUCAACGGUACUGCGGAGGCGAUAUACACGCAAGGACUCAUUUGGUGUCAGGCACCUUUUGGUUAUGCCCUCAGUCUCGUAUUUGGAGGGAUCUUCUUCGCCAACCAAAUGCGAAGACAGGGUUACGUUACCAUGCUGGACCCUCUUCAAGACGCCUUCGGAGGAAGGAUGGGAGGUCUAUUAUUUUUACCAGCGCUAUGCGGUGAGGUCUUCUGGGCAGCAGGCAUUCUGGCCGCUCUCGGAGCUACACUGAGUGUUAUAAUCGACAUGGACCACGACACAGCAGUUGUUUUUAGUUCAUGCAUAGCUGUCUUCUACACACUUUUUGGAGGACUCUACAGUGUCGCUUACACCGACGUCAUCCAACUCUUUUGCAUCUUCAUCGGGCUGUGGAUGUGCGUCCCGUUCGCAUGGGCUAAUGAACACGUCCAGCCUUUGUCCAGUCAAGAAGUGGACUGGAUCGGCAGUGUAGAUUCCAAGGAGUACGGCUUCUACCUGGAUCAGGGACUCCUUUUGAUCCUUGGAGGGAUUCCGUGGCAGGUCUACUUCCAGAGAGUGCUGUCAAGCAAGUCAGCCGGGAGGGCUCAGAUCUUGUCCUACGUCGCUGCUAUUGGGUGUGUUAUUAUGGCAAUACCGCCAGUUCUCAUUGGUGCCAUUGCUCGAUCCACAGCAUGGAACGAAACAGACUACCACGGAGCUUGGCCAUUGACCUCAGCAGAGACGAGCAUGAUCCUGCCCAUGGUUCUUCAGUACCUCACCCCUGACUUCGUUUCCUUCUUUGGCCUCGGAGCUGUCUCCGCCGCGGUUAUGUCUUCCGCCGACUCCAGCGUCCUCUCGGCAUCCUCCAUGUUCGCCAGGAACGUCUACAAGCUCAUCUUCAGGCAGAGGGCUUCAGAGAUGGAAAUAAUCUGGGUUAUGAGGAUAUCAAUAUUUGUCGUCGGAAUUUUAGCUACAAUCAUGGCGUUGACUAUUCCUUCCAUUUAUGGAUUGUGGUCGAUGUGCUCUGACCUGGUCUACGUGAUCCUCUUUCCCCAACUGCUGAUGGUUGUCCACUUCAAAGACUACUGCAACACCUACGGGAGCCUCUCUGCCUACAUCAUCGCCCUGGUCGUCCGGAUCUCCGGAGGCGAACCUCUGCUUAGCCUUCCUGCGCUGAUCAAGUACCCGGGCUGGGACGAGGGUGAGCAGCGGCAGCUCUUCCCUUUCAGGACAAUGGCCAUGCUCAUCUCUCUCUUCACACUUGCUGGAGUCUCCUGGGGUACCAAGUACGUUUUCGAAGGGGGAUACCUGGCACCUGGUUACGACCUGUUCCAUUGCGUGGUCAACAUCCCCGAAGAUGUCAUACGGGUUGGAGAGCCUGCGGAAGGUGAGAUGGCGGUAAUGACUUCAGGAGCGAUGGGUCCACUCUACGGUUCUGCCGCAGCCACUCUGGUCGGAAAGGACGAGAUGAACGGAAGGAUCAAUCCUGCGCUUGAGACCGAUGAUGACGAUCCUGCCAUCGACUUAGCUGAGAUGAAGAAGAGGCAAGCGCAGCAGACGCAACUCUAG